AUGGAAGAUCUUGGAUUGUAUGCGGGCAUACUCACAUCAGCUGGUCAUCAUGUUCCUAGCUUGGACGAAUUGACCUUUCCGGUCACUCAAGACACUCAGGAAACUAAUAAUGAUCUUCCUUUUGAAGUUCAACAUGAUGUUGUGGAAGUGCAGGCAUCUGAAGUUGCUGUUCGCCGUCGUACUGCAAAGGGUGCGUCACAUAGGUCCAUAAAAAUUGAUCAAAAGGAAGAUGUAGUUAUAUGCUCAGCUUGGUUGAAUGUUAGCAAAGAUUCUAUUCAUGGGGCCAAUCAAACUCGUUUAUCAUUUUGGAGAAGAAUUCAUGAUUUCUUUGAGAAAAAUAAGGAAACUCCGGCUGUCAGGACAGAGAGUUCCAUUAUGCGUAGGUGGCUCACUAUUCAGAAGGACGUCAACAAGUACUGUUCUUGCUACGAGGCAAUUGAGCGUAGGAAUCAAAGUGGAGCAACUAUCCAAGACAUGAUUAGUGAAGCAUCCGAGAUGUACACAGGAGUAGAUGAGGAAAAGAAGUCGUUUACUCUUAUGCACUGUUGGAAAAGGUUGAAGGAUGAAGACAAGUGGAAGUCAAAGAUGAUUGAGCUGGCUGAGCAGCAGAAACAAGCCGCAAAGAAGAAACAGAAGACUAAUAAGGAGUCCACGCCGAGCAAUGUAGAAGCCAACAACAAUGAUGAUCUACAAGAGAUUGCAGCCCCAGGUUCUCAAGAACGAAAGAGGCCAAUGGCUUUGGAUAAGAUGUGGGAGAAGAAGGAGGUUUCUGACUGGGAAAGAGACAAGCAGAGAAAGGAGAGGUACAUGGCUGCAAUUGAGGUAGACAAGGCUGCACUUGAGGUACAGAAGGCUUCACUUGAGCUUGAGAAGAAGCGAUUGUCAAAUGAAGAAAAAAAAGUUGAAGCGGACUUGCUGAAGGAGGAGAAAGAAAUAAUGUUAGCGGACACGAGCUCCCUCGACCCAAUGCAGCUGUAG